CUAAGAUCAGCAUAUCUUAAUGAUAAGAAAUUGUCGAACGAUUCAUUCAUCGCUGACGGACUUGGCAAGCUUUACGGAGAUGCUAUUACUGCCUUCCCGGUGCAUAGGAUGGCCAAUAUGAUGUGUCGCCACUCACCGCAGCCGGUGUACUACAGCGAGUUCAGUUACCAAGGCAACAACAGCCACUACUUAGACCCUAAUACCAAGAAGCCUGUCGCGGUGGCCCACCACGACGAUCUCAUUUACGUUUUCUCGUUGAGUUAUCGGUUCCCGACUAUAGAGGUAUCAGACAGCGAAGACUCUAAGAUGGUGGACAAAAUGACCACGAUGUGGUACAAUUUCGCUAAGACUGGGAUUCCGAACCCCAGCGCAGAGUCUCAAGAACCAAAAGAUAGCGAUUCGUUCACAUGGCCCGUCAUGACUCCAAGCAAAAGAGUCUACUUGCGCAUAGACAAGCAAUUCUCAGUCCAUGAGAAUUUGUUUGAAGACAGGUUCAAAGUCUGGGAAGAAUUGUAUCCCAUACCAUAUUAAUAGAAUAUAGAAAUGCUUGGAAUUUA